UUGGCAUGGCUGGGCAGUGGGAACUCCCUGCCAUGUUUGAGGCAACUUAGGGAGUCUCUUUCUGGCCGCCAGACAGACCUGAUCCAACACCUGGGACACUGGUUUGGGCCUGGUUUGUGUAGAAGGACCCUUAGGCCACUUCCACACUGCCAUAUAAUAUCCAGAUUAUCUGCUUUGAACUUUGUUAGUGUAGACUUAUAUAAUCCAGUUCAAAACAGAUAAUGUGGAUUAUCUGCUUUGAUAAUCUGAAUUAUAUGACAAUGUAGAAGGGGCAUGAAUAUCAUGAUUUAGAAUCAAAUUUAACUCUUGGCUGAAUCUGGAUAAGAAACACUGCAAUAUUAUAAUAUUUUCACACUAUUUACAGGUCAAUAUUUAUAACAUGUUGUGCUAAAUGCUUUCUCAAAAUGUUUUAUAUGAUCUCCAGUUGAAAGUACAAGCUCGGGCUUUGGUGAUUUGCUAGAAAAAAAUAAGUUGUGGGAGUUCUUAAUCAGCAAAGAUGGAUCUCAAUGAGUUGUCUCCAUUUUUGUUUGGGUUUGAUUUUGGUUCAUAAAAAAUGGUAGAAGAUACUGUCUGGAGAAUGGCUGGUUAUACUGUAGCGCACAAAGGAGGAGCCAGCAACAACAACAGCAAAGUUUAUUAGCACAGAGGAGGACCUUAUCACAUUACCUUUGGGACCCGUCAUGCAUCCUGGCAAACCCUUGGGGUCCAAGCAGGGGGGAUGGGGGAUGGAGAACCUAUCGCUCCAUGCCCCGCAUCACCCAACUUGCCACUGGCCCAAUCCCACAAGAGAAAUAGUCGCUGCAUGGCUUCCCCCAUUGCUCCAGGCAACACAGGAAGCCUCCUGUGUUUCUGCGGCAGUGACAUAUGCCGCUUGCUCUCCCUUUUUGCUACGGAACCCAGGCGGAAAUUGAUGUGCAUUUUGUAAUGGACUCCAUGGCGAAAGGGGAGAACAAGUGACGUACAAUGGGCAAAUUGCCCCAUCUGAUGAGGUCGUAAGCCAUUAGUGAUUUAUGAGAGAAAUGAGAUAAGUUUUAUAUUGGGAAUAUUGUAUAUUUUUAUUAGUAUGGAGGAGACCUUAAUCGUUCAAGUAGCAGUUAAUGAGAUUUUAAACACUAAUUAAAGUGACCUAUUAGAUAGCAGAUACACUGUCUAAGCAAUCUGGCUUUUUAUCACUUGACAGCACCUGCUAGUUCAGAGUGUGACACUUCAGAGAUUAUUCCGAGCAAGUGUUAGGAGCCACAGGCAAACAUACACCCGAAUAUAGAAUGACAGAGAUGGCUAUGUCUUAAAUAACACCGUAGCUCAUGGAGAGGACAGACAGGUUCCACUAAGGGUGUCAUCCAGGUAGCUUCUUCCAGAAAAUUAUGGACAGCAAAGAAUAUCAGGGAGCCCAUUUGGCCUUCAGAUCUCGCUGGCACAAGACAGAUGAGGAACUUUGUAGACACAGUAUGUCCUUUGUGCUACACAAGGCAAUCCGGAAUGAUUUUUUCCAGAGUUAUCUGUAUCUGCUGGAGAAGCUACCACUGGUGAAACUUUAUGCAUUGACGAGUGAAGUCAUUAAUGGUGAAAUGCAAUUCUAUGCCAGAGCCAAAAAUUUCUACAAGGAGGUGCCAGCAUCAGAAGAGGGUAUGAUGGGAGAUUACGCCGAGUUGUCCAGUACAGAUACUGAGGCUUCUAGGGAAUUCCUUAGGAAUUUUGUAGGGGACUGGGUGGGCCUAUCAGAUAUCUGCUCAGGUAUUGGUAGAGUCAGCAAGUAUGUCCUCCUUCCCUUCUUCAAGCAAGUGGAGCUGGUGGACAUGAUGGAGAAUUUUCUGACUGAAGCUCAGAACUACUUACAGGGUCAAAAACACAAAGUCAACAUGUACCAUUGCAGCAGCCUCCAGCAGUUUACUCCUACACCCCAAAAAUAUGAUGUAAUCUGGAUUCAGUGGGUUUCAGGAAACCUGACAGACAAGGAUUUGCUAGGUUUUUUUAUCCGCUGUCAGAAUGGCUUAAAGGAAAAUGGAAUUAUCAUCUUGAAGGACAAUGUGGCUCGGCAAGGUUGUGUCCUGGACCCAUUGGACAGCAGUGUAAUUCGAGAUCUGAGUAUCCUCAACAGCCUCAUUGUAAAGAGUGGACUCACCAUCCUGAGACAAGAAAAACAAGAGGGCUUCCCUGAGCAGUGUGUACCUAUCUGGAUGAUAGCCAUGCAGAAGAAUUGUGGCCAAACCAGAAAUGGGAUGUUGUAGUAAGCCUUAAUACAAAGAGUAUAGGCUGUUGAAAUGGACUGAAACAAAGUGAAGAGGCAUCAUCGAUAGGAAGUAAUAAAAUCAAAACAAUAUCCUUAAAUUUAUAGCAUCAUUCCUCCAAGGAGUAUGCCCCCCACUGUCAAAUUAGAAGAUAGUAUUAGUUUAAAAGAUAGCAACUGCAGCCCAGGAUCACUGAAGUGAAUUUCAUGAUUGAGAUGGGUAAGAGGUAUAGGGGACCCUUGAAGCCUAUGCUGCAAAAGUGUGUGUUUGAAAAUGCAUUGCAAUGGUAUUUAUUGUAUUUCAACUGUAUUUUAAACCUACCACACACAGUAAUGUUUAAUUGUUUUUUAUUUUUGUAUUUGCUUUGUUUUAAAUUGAUUAAGGUGUGAGGCUGUUAGCUUCCUUGAGUCCCCUUGGGGAGAAAGGCAGAGUAUAAAUAAAAUAAAUAAUAAUAAUAGCUCAUGCUAAAAUAAAGGUAGUCCUAAAGGUGUUGCCACAA